AUGGCGGGCCGGCGCGGGGCGCUGAUCGUGCUGGAGGGCGUGGACCGCGCCGGCAAGAGCACGCAAAGCCGCAAACUGGUGGCCGCCCUGUGCGCCGCCGGGCACCGCGCCGAGCUGCUCCGCUUCCCGGAAAGAUCUACCGAAAUUGGCAAACUGUUGAAUUCCUACUUGGAGAAGAAAAACGAAGUGGAAGAUCACUCUGUGCACCUGCUCUUCUCCGCAAAUCGCUGGGAACAAGUGCCUUUAAUUAGAAACAAGUUGGACCAAGGUGUCACCCUCAUUGUGGACCGGUACGCCUUUUCUGGUGUUGCCUUUACAGCAGCCAAAGAGGUGGUGGCUGCUGGGCCCAGAAGUUCAGUAGGGCACAGCGAUGCUCCCAGUUCCGUCCUUGCCUUGUCAUGUAGCUGGAAUCCUCCUUCGAGGGACACUCUGCACCAAGCAUCCGGUUGCUCAGAACUUCUCUGUAGACUGGUGCAAGCAGCCGGACGUGGGCCUCCCCAGGCCCGACUUGGUCCUGUUCCUGCAACUGCAGCUGGCAGAUGCGGCCCGGCGUGGUGGGUUUGGCCAGGAGCGCUACGAGGACCGUGCCUUCCAGGAGCGGGCCCUGCAUUGCUUCCAGCAGCUCAUGCAGGAUCCGAGCCUGGACUGCAAGCCCUCUCCUGUACGCCUGUGGGCGCAGACGAUCGAUGCCUCCAGGAGCGUGGAGGACGUGCACAAGGAGGUACGCGCCCUGUCUGAGGACGCCAUUCGGGCUGCCGCACAAACGCCACUGGGCCAGCUAUGGACAUAGGUGCCUGAGCCCCGCCAUUCUGCCGUAACACCAGGUUUGCUCACGAGCGUGUGCACGCAGAGGGGACACGUGGGCAAUGUAUCGUGAGCUGGGCUGCGAGGCCAAGGGACAUGGGGGACCUGCAGCAGGACGAAAGCAUGGGUGUGGCUGGGGCACCUGUCCUUCAGUGUCCGCCCCUGUUUCCUCUGCCCCCUUUUUCUGAGAAUAUUAAUAAACUUUUUAUUGGUGUUCAGCAAUAA